ACUAAGUGAUUUCAUUCACUCCAACAGUUACUUCUUCGCAAGUUGCAUUGAUUUUCUGUCGGAGAAGAUAUCUAUAUGUUUAUUUUAAGACGAAGCUCACAUAAGAAUAGUCUAUAAAUAGGUAAGUCUGUUCUUCCGUGCAAGUGGUAUUUGAAUGGAGAAGAUAUAUAUAUCAGAGACAGGUUAUCUUGUUCCGGAUCAAUUGUCUCAAAAUCAAUUCUGCCUCGACACUAUUAUCCAUCGAGCGCCGAUACACAACACUUGGAAAGAUAUAGACCCCAAAUAACUUGGGAGGUACUGAUACUUACGAAUCCAAUGAAGUCAUAGCAAGUCAGAAGUUUACCAGGAAUUGCCUUUUCCACAGCCAUGUCGUCCGAUCUUCUCGCCGAAUUUGAUACAUUCUAUAAAUCACCUCAAGAUACUCAACCACAAGCUAGCAAGAGUUUCUCAUUUUUCGACGGGACAAACUCUGGUAGCCAAUUAGGACAGGCACAGUCGAAACAGCAACCAGCGGAAACUGCGAAGCAAAAUGAUGAUAUAUGGGGGGAUAUGACCAGCUUCUCGAGUCCAAUGAAUCCAGCACAAGGUGGAACUCCCCAAGAAGAUUUAUGGGGUUCUUUUGGCGUCGCAGCUACACCCCCAAGGCCAACCGUCAAUGUAGCAAAGCCGAAUUACCAGGGAGGAAACAUAUUUAAAAGUGACACUGUUCAGCCAAACCCUGGGAUAGUGCGCAGGUCAACCCUUGAUCUUAUCAACAAUAAUGUUCAUGAUAUGCCAGAAUCUCUAACUGCAUCAAAUAACCAUAUGAGAUCUUCAAACUCUCGCCCAACGCUGCCACCAUCUACGGGUUCGUCGAACGGAGAAAUUCUGUUUGAUGCGGAGCAGGAAGUGGAUGAAGAUGAUGAAUUCGGGGAUUUUGAAAGUGUUACUCCUUCUGCGUCCCAAACCCCACCUCCACGACCCCUCAACGACUUUUUCAAUUCAAUGACCAUCAAUACAGAGCCAUGGACGAAGACCCCUGAUGUCAUGACGAAGUCGCCGAAUCUCGGUACUUCAUUGCCAUACCCACAAGCACCCAAAUCACCAUCAUUCCAACAAAGAAAUCCAUUUCCCAAGGUAGCUCUUGCUACUCAGCAAGUCAAACAAAUCGCCAAAACCCAGAUUGAAGAUAAACCUAAAUCUGCUUCUCCUUUGACAGCUUGGCCAUCCUAUGACGAGAAAGCUCCAAAAGCAGCACCUUUUGUUGACUCACCUGCCAUACCUUCCAUUGUCCAAGACAUAGAUGAUGACUGGGGCGACUUCUCUGAUCUUCCAGCUGAAUCCCCGGCAAUAACUAGCACAAAACCUAACUCCGGAGUAGCAGCUCAUGCUUGGGACUGGGAUGCCGUCGAUAAAGUCACGGAUCCCACUCCAGCGGAGUCUGAUCUUCCACCUCCCACCAAUAUUCCACCUCCCUCAAUCCUCCUGACCCUUUUCCCCCAGCUCUUUGAUCUCCCUCAAUCCUCUCUCUUCAAAGCGGUAGCCAACCAGCCCUUCUCUCUAAAAAAUCGCAUCAUAUCCGACCCUUCCACUAUCAGUUUUCUCCGGGCCUACCUUCUCAUAGCCACCGUCGCAGCGCAUAUUAUUGCCGGGCGUAAAUUUCGCUGGAAGCGGGAUACUCAUCUCUCACAGGGUAUGAGUAUUGGACCUGCGGGAGGUAAAGGUGGCAUGAAACUAACGGGCGUCGACAAAGCGGAAAUCGCUCGUGAAGAUCGCGAGGCCGCCGAGGCGAUCCGUGUAUGGAAAGAACAACUAGGUCGACUUCGCUCAGCUGUAGCUGUAGCCAAUACGAGUCUUAAAGAUGCAUCAAAACAUCUAACGAUCCCGGAAAUAGGGGAUACAAUGCAUGUAAAGAAUCAGGAAGGGGGAUUGACGGCACCAAAAGCGUGUGUGAUUUGUGGGCUCAAGAGAGAAGAAAGAGUGACUAAAGUAGAUGUUAAAGUUGAGGAUAGCUUUGGAGAAUGGUGGAUUGAACAUUGGGGACAUAGGUUGUGUAGGAAUUUUUGGCAGGAACAUGAGGGAAAGUUGAAAUUUAGAUGAUGAGGUAUAGCUUUCAAGUACAUGUAUGAAAUCACCUCAUAUCAUUGAAGAUGUACAGCAGUUCACACAAACACGUAAGAACAGUAACACCGAAAUAGACUCCAGAAUUAUACAAAGACAAAACACAUAUACA